GUCUGCGUUGCUGAAUUACAGUCUAGGGGGCGGGGCCUGCGUGGAGCGGUCAGCGCUUCUCAUGCACUUGGUCACAUGCUGAGCUCGGCGCGCGCCCGCACACACACACACACACACGCUAUUGUGUAUAAGUACACAAAUUAUUCCUAUAGCCGUGUAUUUUUUUUUAAUAAUAAAUCCUCUCUGUACACCCACACACACACACCCCGGAGCGGACAUGGCGGAAGAAGAGCAGAGUGUUGAAUUUCUGCUUGUUUGUCUGAAUAAAGCAACAGAUCCUGAGAACCCGUCAGAGAGAUGGGACUGCAUGCAGGAGUUCUACCAGCAUGUUAACACACUCCCCAACGGGCCCCAGAUUGCGACGCGACUCCUGGCCCAUAAGAUCCAGUCUCCUCAGGAGAAAGAAGCUCUUCAGGCUCUCACUUUGUUGGAGGUGUGUAUGAAUAAUUGUGGGAAACGUUUCCACAGUGAAGCAGCGAAGUUUAGAUUCCUGAAUGAACUCAUUAAAGUUCUCUCUCCAAAGUAUCUGGGUGUGUGGAGCACAGAACAGGUGAAGCAGAAGGUGAUGGAGGUUUUGUACAGCUGGACUCGGUGGUUAAAGGAUGAGCCGAAGGUGCAGGAAGCGUACAGCAUGCUGAAGAAACAAGGAAUAGUGAAAAAAGACCCAAACCUUCCUGACACCAUCGCACUGCCUCCACCUUCUCCACGACAGGAAGUGUCUGUGUUUGAUAAUGAAGAUAAAUCAAAGCUGUUGUCUCGGUUAUUGAAGAGCGGCCGUCCAGAAGACCUGCAGAUGGCAAACACUCUGAUAAAGAGCACGCUACAAGAGGAGCAGGAGAAGAUGGAAAAAGAGAGCAGGCGUGUUAGUACCCUUCAGGAAGUGGAGACGUGCACAUCGCAACUUAAACUACUCCUGAACCAACAACAUACACAACACACUCCAGAGAUGCAGGAUCUGUAUGAGCGCUGUGAUAGGCUGAGGUCAAGCCUUUUCCGAUUGGCCAGUGACACUGUCGACAACGAUGAGGCUUUAGCUGAGAUCCUACGCAGGAAUGAUGAACUCACACAUGUUAUGAAUCUGUACAGAGAGAAAACACAGAAACCACAAACAGAGACGGACACGACACUGGUGAGUCCUGUGAAGUCCUAUCACCUGAUUGAUUUCUCGCUGCUGGGAGAUAGCGCCCCUUGUGGCCAAGUGGAGCAGAGCACAACUCAACUGCAGGAUGAAGAGCAGCAGAAAAUACCCGGGGCAGAUUCAGGCAGAAACACCCUCGGUGUGAAAUCCUACCUCGAUGAACUGUUACAGUUGGAGGACACGGUGAAGGUUACGAGAGAGACAGGACAAAUGGAGAUGGCGUACAGAAAUGAAGACUACAAUACCCAUAAUGCAUCAGUAUUAGCAGCAAUUGAACCAGAGCUUCAGUCCAGAUCAGCUUCCAGAGACAAUCAGCCAGUCGCUCCAGGUGGUCUUCCUGAACCCCGCCCUGUUUCAUCCCUCUCUGACAUCACUGUCUCUCUGGACUCUAUUACGCCCAGUCGCAUUAAGCCGAUAACAGUGUUUAAUCAUCGUGGUGUCCAUGUCUCUCUGCACUUCACUAAAGAAGCUCUUCCGUCUCACCCUGAUGUUGCCGUCAUCAUCGUGUCUGUGGUUAACACUUCGCCACUUCCUGUUUCUGACUUCCUCUUCCUGGCUGCUGUUCCCAAAAGUAUGUGUGUGAGGCUGCAGGCAGCUACAGGAAGCACAUUACCGCCGUACAGCCCUCUGCUGCCCCCUGCUGCCCUCUCUCAGAUACUGCUGCUCUCCAACCCACUCAGGAAGCCGGUGCGUCUGCGUUUCAGAGUGACUCUGAGUCUCGGACAGGAGCGUCUGCAGCAGGAUGGAGACAUCGACCAGUUCCCUCAGUGGAAUUCUUGGAUUCACCUUUGACCUUUAAUACUUUGUCACAUGAACACAGCAACCUGGACUAUGUGUGCGUGUGUGGGUGUGUGUGUGUGUGUGUGUGUGUAUGUUCGUGCAUGCAUGUGUGUGUUCAGACAAUAAUAAUUAUCAGUGCACGAACAAACAUUGUGUUUAAACAUAUUGAGUACUCAACACACUGCUGGAACAAAUCCCAAUAUGUGUGAUAUUGCCAAGUAUAUGUGUGUGUGUGUGUGUGUGUGUGUGUGAGUGAGAGAGAGAGAGAGAGAGAGAGAGAGAGAAAGUUAUGACACACCAGCACACAUUAUUUAUUCGGAACUUUGAUAGUUGUGUAUCACUGUUGAACAUCAUUGUGGUUGCUCUGUGUGUGUGUGUUUGUGUGUUUGUGUGUGUGUGUGUGUGUGUGUGUGUGUGUGGGUGUGUGCUCUGAAAUAAAGAAGAUAGAAACUUGAUAAAGUUUUGAAAUCAUCUGAACACGCUGAUCAGACACUCGCCGCCACUCUGAGAAUUCCAUCAUCCUUAUUUUGCUCUCGGACGUGGGCGUCGUCAAGGCUGUCCUUUAUCCCCUCUGCUUUUUGCUGUCGCUAUCGAGCCGCUGUCUAUUGCACUAAAAUCUUCUCCCUUGUUUAAAGGAAUAGUCCAAUAUGGUGUAGAAUACAAACUGUCACUAUAUGCUGAUGAUUUGUUAUUGUAUGUAACCGAUCCUGUUGCCUCUAUGCCAGCUGUCUUGGGUGUUCUGGAGACCUUCGGUGUUGUCUCUGGUUAUAAAUUAAAUUUCGACAAAAGCGACUGUUUUCCCGUCAAUACUGCAACAUUUUCUCUCCAACAGUCAGAUCUACCGUUUCGAUUUAGUCAGUCAGGGUUUAAAUACCUAGCUAUCAACGUGACCCGUUCUUUAUCUAAUCUUUCAUCAGCU